AAGGAUAAAAUAGGUUUGAGCCUUCUACAAUCAACGAAGGCCACGUCAGCAUAAGUCGUUCACUAGCUAGUGGGAUUCGAGUCCCGGGAGCUGGAAGCGGACUAGUUGCAAUGCAUCCAGCCAUCUUUAUGGUAGCAUUAUCAUGCGUAUCAGCGAUUUCACUCAACUCCUAUUGGAAUGAAAGCGAUACCAGGCGACUAUCCGGCAUAUUCGAGGAUGUGCUCAAAACGAGGAACAAUGAUCUUGAGUCUUUUCAUUACAUAGUGGGGACGCUCAAAGCACUCAAUGUAGCACUAACCAGCGAUGUUGCAAAUGUUGCCUGUGAAACUGUGAAAAAAGCAGAUUUGACUGUAUUGGACAACCUUUAUCAUGCGGUUGCGAUGCUCAACGACGUUCCGAGUUGCGUCUUGGAGGGUGUGGCUGGCGCUAGGGAAACUGUGGAAAAAACGGUGGAAGAAGUGUAUAGAGGUGAGAGUUUGUACUGGGCUUUCCGUAUAGCUGAUCACCUGAAAAUUAAGGUAGAUCAAGCUACAUUCGACAAGGCUCUGACCGCAUCUAUGAGGAAAGACGAUGAUCCAGCCAAUAUGGCUUGGAUUAUGAACGCAGCCUCAUUUUUGGAAAAGGAAGUGGGAGCAAAAUAUUUCAACAAAAUUCUGAAUCUUGUUGCGCAAGCAGAUGAAGUGGAUGGAAAGUAUUUGAGGUUUGAUGAGAGCAUUGUUACCACUGCCGUUGCUGUUCGCGGAAUUGUAGCGUUGGCUGAAAAGCAAGGGAAGAAGCCAGCUGUGCCCGAGAAGAAGCUGCUCCAGUUUACAAACUACUUGCUGUCUCGCAAACAAGCGGUUGCUCCUAAGAUCACCUAUCACCUCUUAGGAGCUCUGAAAGCUUUGGCAGACAAUACUGAAUUUGUGCCUGUAGUGGUAUCGCGUGAAGGACCUGUGGAAGUGGCCUCAGAUCAGCCCAUCAAAAUUGCUCUGACCAACGUCCUCGGAAAACUAAUCGAAGCUAACGGUAUUCGCGCUGGAGCUAAGUCUGCUGCUUCAGACCUGACACUUAUAAGCAAUUUGAAGCUGGAACCUAUGUCAUCAGACUCAAGGUUUUGGACCAUCAGUCCUGAUAAUAUUCCGACUAUAAACGAUUUCAUCAGGCUGCAUAUAAAAAUCGAGAGCAAUGAUAAGCGUCUUAUCGGGACAACCGCUUCCCAUGUUCUGAUCAAAAAGAGUAGAAAUAUAUUGGUUGACGACUUGGAAAUUGAAAUCUCAAAGAUAGGAGAAGAAAUUUCUGAAAACUCAUUUAAAAGUGUCACCCCAUUUGUCAAGAGCAUAGAUAUCCUAAAUGUGGACCGUACAAAGCAUUUACACAUUUUCUUUUCCCUGAAAUACGACGAUGCAAGCAGUCACUUGAAACCUCAUCAGACUUUCGUAAUGUUCAAGCAUGGAAAUGAACACGAGGUAUUCUAUACUGCAAAUCCACUGAAGGAUGGCAAAUAUGCUGUUGACAUUGAUUUCUCCAAAAAUUACAAAGAUUUCGAUGGGCUAUCUGGAAUUUAUACUGCUUAUCUUAUUAUUGGUGACGCGUUCAUUCAGACACCUCUGACAUGGCCUUUUGCUGAUUUUAUGAUUACUGUACCGUCCGUUGUCAGAAAAUCGGAGCCAGUGUCUUACCAAGUUCAAUAUGAACCCAAACCUGAAAUUAAACAUAUUUUUCGUGAACCGGAAAGGAGACCUGCGGUCUUUCUGUCAGACUCCUUUACAAUCCUAUGCCUCGCUCCUCUUUCGUUGCUUCUCAUACUGUGGAACCGCAUUGGUGUGAACAGUACCAAAAUGCCGAUGACUGCUUGGGUAGCUCUUUUCCACGUUGGAUUAAGCGCAAUGUUCGGACUUUAUGUCAUCUUUUGGCUACGUCUCAAUAUGUUUGAUACGCUCAAAUAUCUGUCAGUAAUCGGCUCCUUCACCUUCAUUGCUGGAAAUCGUGUUCUCAGAGCAGUUGCUGCUAGGAAAUGAUAUGGGAAGUUGAAUAUGUGAAAAAGACACCUCAUAAUCAAUC